CCGGCAAGCCGGAGAACCUCCGACCUGGAUCGGUAUAUGACAGCUCUGGACGGGUAUAUAAGUAGCGCCAGUUAUCUGUCACUACAACUUUCUCAUCUAUUUACAAGCACCUCAAUCAGUAAGAAGACUUCAGACACAAACAGAACAUCAUGUCUCCCACCCCCCUCCGCCCAGGUGCCUACGCACCAACCCCAACCUUCUUCCACCCCGACACUGAAGACCUCGACAUCCCAACCAUCCGCCAACACGCCAUCCGCCUCGCCAAAGCCGGCCUCGCCGGUAUAGUAGUCCAGGGCUCCAACGGCGAAGCCGUGCACCUCACCCGCGCAGAGCGCAAAACCGUCAUCCACGAAACCCGCUCCACGCUCAUCGACGCCGGCUUCCAAAAUGUCCCCGUCAUCGCAGGAGCCACUGAACAAAGCGUCCGUGGUACCAUCGAACUCUGCAAAGAAUCCGCAGAAGCAGGCGCUGAGUAUGUCCUGAUCCUCCCGCCUAGUUACUACAAGGCUGCGACGGGGGGUGACCAGGCGCUGUAUGAAUUUUUCACGGCUGUUGCGGAUGGUUCGCCGGUGCCGGUUAUUUUGUAUAAUUACCCCGGUGCUGUUGCGGGAGUUGAUAUGGAUUCGGAUCUUGUUAUCCGGAUCUCGCAGCACCCUAAUGUUGUCGGGACGAAGUUUACUUGUGCGAAUACGGGUAAAUUAACCCGUGUCUCGCAUGCUCUUGAUGCGAUUACUGCUUCUUCCCCGCUUGUCGCGGAUAGACAGCGUCGUUCUACUAAGACCGCUGAGAACCACCGCUACGUGACCUUCGGUGGUAUGGCCGAUUUCACCCUCCAGACUCUUGUCUCUGGUGGUUCUGCUACGCUUGCCGGUGGAGCGAACGUGAUUCCUCGUCUCUGUGUGCAUGUGUUCAAUCUCUGGAGCCAGGGUCGGAUUUCUGAGGCUGUGGAGGCGCAGGGGCUGUUGAGUCAGGCGGAGUGGGUGUUGACCAAGACUGCUAUCCCGGGGACUAAGAGUGCGUUGCAGAGUUAUUAUGGGUAUGGGGGGGUUGCGCGGAGGCCGUUGGGACGGUUGAGUGAGGAGCAUGUUAAGGCUGUGAAGGAUGGGAUUAAGGAGGCUAUGGAGGUGGAGAAAAGCUUGCCUGAUGUUGCAUAGACGGUCUGAUCUGUGUUAUUUACUUAUGGUACAGAAUGGAUAUUGAUUUUAUGGCUCUCGUGUCUUUCUAUGGAUACCCUAUCCCCUAUCCUAUUCUAUGCUCUUAGCAACUGUGCAAUGUGCAAGUACUGCAUUUCCUCAGCAACUUCAACUGCUGUCGUACCUUUAUCAUCCUUGAUAUCCGCCACCCCAUACUCCAAAAGAAGUCUCACCAUAUCAACAUCACCAUCCCUCGCCGCCAAAUGUAAAACCGGCGUGGUACUCUCGUUAUCCUCUGCUAUAUCAUUCUCCGGCCUAACCCCCCGCCCCAACAAAUACCUCGCCAACCCCCCAUAUCCACGCCCAACAGCACUCACUAGCAAAUUCCUCCCCCUCAAAUCAA